GGGUUUCAUCGUACCUUUAAACAAGUUGGUAGCCGCUUGACCAAUCAGAAAAGGAGAAUCUGAACGGAAGUUACGCUUUUGCCUUAAAUAAGAGAAAUGGAACAUGGCGUCAGAUUCAAACGGAAUUUGAGGGUGAAAGGGAAUUGCAGCAAUGCCCACUGAAUCUCCAAAUGGUUCGAAGUCACGACACAGAGACAAAACUCUAAUCAGGACGAAGGAGACCGCACAGUCCAAACAAAGCAUUCGGGCAUCACAGAAGCAUGCUACACAGUCGCCUAAGUCAUCCCAAAAUGAGAUCGCAAGACUGAAAGAGAUUAUUGAUAAACUUCAAAGUGAGCAACAGAGUCUCCAAAGCAAAGAGAUGGAGGACUUCAAUGGCUCCUCGGACCUGAGAUGGAAAGUCAACAAAUUGGAGAAGGACAAGCUGGAAUUAUCGACCAAGUACAAUGAAGAGGUGUCCAGGUACGAGGGAGAGAUGGCCAAGCUCCGGGCCGCUGUGGAGCGGGGGGAGGCUCAGCGGCAGAACCUGGAGUACGAGAUCGCUCUGGUCAGACGGGAGGCUAUGGCGGGGAAGAACGUGGCUGAGGAGAGGGCCGCUGCUCUCCACAGCAAGAACGAAAAGCUACAAGCCCAUGCCGCUGAGCUGCAGCAGCGGGUGUCAGAACUGGAGAAGGCCCUGAACCUGACCAGACGCGCGCGGGACGAGGACCAGCAGGCCCUGCAGGGGGAGCUGCAGGAGCGAGACCGCCUCCUGAUGAGCGCCAACGCCGAAUGCGACCAGCUCGCCGCCGAGAGGAAACGGCUGGAGGCUCUACUUCAGAAUCAGGAGGACACGCUGAAGGAGAUGCGCAGGAAGAUGGAGGCGAUGCAGGAGGAGAGGGAGAGAGACACGGAGAGCCUGAGGAGGCAGGCCGGGGAGAUCUACUUUGUCUCGGAGAGAGAGCACCGCGUCAAGAUGGAGCUGGAGGCAGCUCAGCUGCGAGUGAGGACCCUGGAGGAGAGCGUAGAGUCCGAAAGGGCAGCACACCUGGAGUCCAAAUUAAACUCUGAGAUCAUACAGCUGCGUAUCCGGGACCUGGAGGCGGCGCUGCAGGUGGAGAAGGUGGCCCAGGUGGAGGCUGCCUCCAGUCUGGAGCUGAUGAAGCUCAAGUUUGGGGAGGUGGAGAGGGCCUACGAGCAGGAGAGGGACAAGGCCAGAGACUCCCUGCAGCAGCUGGCCCAGCUGGAGAAGGAUUAUCUGGCCACUAAGAGCGCGCUGAGCGAGGAGCUGCAGCAGAAGAGGAAGACUGUGUCUGAGCUUACUGAGGCCCUGCAGACCUACGAGAGACAGCAGGGCCAGUCCCAGCUCAACCUGGAGAAGGCGCGGGUGCAGCACGCCGGUCUGGAGGAGGCGCUGGAGAGCUUCCGGCGGGACCUGGAGCAGACGCUGCGGCAGAGCGCUGCGUGGGACCCCCGCUCCGCAGAGGAGCCUGGGGAGAACCGCAGGCUCGGCCUGCACACGCUGCUGGACGGGCUGAGGAAGACUCUGGGCCACUACCAGGACUCGCUCGAGAGGACCACCAGAGAGUUGCGCGAUCUUAAAAAGAUGUACGAAAGUGCCGUUCAGGAAUGUAAAUUAUAUGAAGAAAUGAACAGCACCCUGAAGAAGAAUAUGGAGGAAGUGCACGUCGGGCUGGCGCGCGCCGGCGAGGAGGUGAUGCGGCUGCGGGGCGAGUGUGCGGACAGCGCGGCGGCGGCGAGCCGCGCCCAGGCCGAGCUCGCCGCCGUGCGCCAGCGCUGGAAGGUGGAGCGGGACCGCGCCUCCGAGGCCGAGAUCGAAGCUCAGCGGCUCAGCCAGCUCUACCAGAGGGACUCGCAGGAGAAGCUGACCUUUCUGCACGACCUGUACCAGCGGCUGGUAGCGGGCUGUGUGCUAAUAAAACAACCGCAGGCUCUGCUGGGCAGCUUCUCCUGGCCGGAGCUGAGCGCCGUCCUGCAGGAACACGCCGAAGCCUUGACCUCCGACCUCAGCCGCGCUAAUGAGAAGAUAUCCCAUCUGGAGUUUGUCUGUCAGAACAAGAGCGAGGCGGUGAGGGAUCUGCAGCAGACGCAGGAAAGCACCUUCAGCAAGCUGGCCCAGCAGGUGAAGAGCAGGGAGGAGGACUGGCAGAGUCAGAGGAGGGAGCUGGAGGAGCACUACGCCAGUCUGAGCGCAGAGGUGCAGGCCAGAGCACAGAGGUGGCAGAGCGCGGCAGAGCAGGCCCAGGAGAAGGCCGACAGCCUGGAGAAGAGCCGGGCGGAGGCGGCGCAGGACCUGGCUCGCCUGCAGAACCUGGUGCCCCAGACGCGGCGGGAGCGGGGCACCCUGCUGGCGGCGUGUGCCCUGCUGGCGGGCGCCCUGUGCCCGCUGUACUGGCAGCUCUGCUCCCUCGCCCGUCAGAAGGCCCUGCUGCAGAGGCAGCUGGGCGCCAGCCGGGCGCUGGAGGGCGAGAUCCUGGCCCUGGUGAGUGCCCUCACAGCGGAGGGUGAGCGCGGGGGGGCGCGGCCGGGGGCCAGGGCGGGGGGCGCCCGCGCCUUCCGGAGGUGCGCCAUCGCCGUGAUGGCGGCCGGACGCUUCCACCGGCUCGGGCAGCGCUCCCAGAUCCUCUUCAGCCUGGAGCAGGGGCGCGGCGACCUCCCCGCGCUGUCCGUCUGCACCGCGGAGAGCAGGGAUCCAGCAGGGGGCAGCGGGCAGGACAGGGGCGAGCGUCACACCAGUCUGGCUCUCCGCUGGUUCCAGAGCAGAGCGCUGCUGGAUCUGGUCCUCAGCACCGUCGGGGAGCUCCAGGAGCUGGUGGCUAAAGAAGACCCCGGUGCUCCGCCCCCCCGGCCCCCCCCAGCCGCGGUGUUGGCGGCCGCCCGGAGCUGCUUCGCCCGGCUGAUGGAGCGGCUCCUGCUGGAGAUGGACGGCGCCUCCCGGUGGUCGUGUGGGGAGAAGGGAGCGCUGGGCCAGAGGCUGGGGCAGGGCCUGCUCAGACUCAGCCGCAUGGCUUCCCAGACUGACCCUGCUGCUGCUGCUGCUUCUACAGGCAAGGGCGCGGUGGCCGCGCUGCAGAGGCUGGUGCUGGAGUUCACGCAGCGGCUGCACUCGGCGGAGGUGGAGAGGCGGAGCCUGCGUGUGGAGCUGGCCGAGCUGAAGCGCCGCGCCGCGGAGAACGCCCAGCGCCCGGAGGACCCCCGGGACCGCCGGAGAACGGUGGGCGUGCCCGUGGAGCGCUUUGAGAGCGUGUGCGCGGAGCUGAGCAGCGCUCUGGAGCGGGAGCAGCAGGCCCAGGCGCUGCUCCACGAGCAGGCCCUGCAGCUGAAGGAGCUGGGCCUGCGGCUGGAGCUGCACUCUGGGGAGGAGGCCGAGAAGGACCACACCCUCGCCCAGGCCGUCAAGAGUCUCUCGCAGGCGAAGACGGAGCUGAAGAGGAAAGAUCAAUGCCUGCGUCAGCUGAGCCGGCAGCUGUCCCAGCUGCAGCAGGACAAGCGGCAGCUGGAGCAGAGCGUUGGGCAGGCCGAGAGCGCCCUCCGCCUGGCAGCCCAGAGUAAGGACACCCUGGCGGGGUACGUGAGGUCGGUGGAAAGCCGUCUCAAUGACGUCAAAGAGCGCAUCUUGCUGUCACGGUCGGCGGCCACCAGGGAGGACUUCACCCUCCAGUUACCCAGAGUGCACCUGGACGCGGCGGGCUCGGAGAGACUGACGGGCGGGCCGGAGCUGACGGCGUGUCAGAGCCUGGUGUCCUCCUUCGUGGACGUGUACCAGAUGGCCUGCUCCAGGAUGGCGCUGCUGGAGAAGGAGACCGCCUCGCGGCAGACCCACAUCGCGGACCUGAAGAGCGAGCUGCAGGACGCCUGCCUGCGGGAGAACCAGUGCUUCGUCCCGGUGCCUGAACCCCCUCUGUCCCCGCAGUCCCCUCGCGCACCACAGAGGGCGCUGGACUUGGAGUUGCUCCAGGCGGAGUCAGACGUCCCUCUCAGACAGAGCCCCAGACACGCUCGGUCCCAGUGGGCGGAGUCCCAGCGGCCUGGCUCCUCCCUCUCGGGGUCCCUGAAGACCUCCCGUGAGCCGCGGGACUCUGUGAGGAGCCCCUAUUCUUCUGGGACGUUCUGGUCUUCCAAAUAAACCAUCUGCACACUUACCAGACCUGGGUCAAAUGCGUGUUUUUUUUUUUUCCAAAU